AUGGCUCUUUCAGCAGGAGGCGACUUUGAAAUAAAGCUGCAGAUUCGAUACUUCGGUCUAAAGGCUACGCAGUAUUUCUCCAAAUUCACACCGGAAUCAGACGCCACAUUUCGAGGAGACUUGACAUCGCUCAAGCUACCCCAUCCAAAGAGAGAGAAUACGACGUUUGUGUCGCACGGAUAUCCACAGAAAAGAAAACUACCAGAAGAGUACACUCAAUCCUACCCCUCAAAGUCAACUUCUUCGCAACCUGUAAAUCACUCUUCAAAUGGCUUGCCAUUCCCCUUCAAGAAACACAACACGACAUGGGAAAGACCUCACAAAUUGUUCAAAAUCGAUCCCGCUGAUGAUCCUUCGAGGUCUCCUGAACCCGAGCAACCUUUCCCGACCUUCAAGAACUUGCCACCCUUGCCACCCCGAAAGGCUCCUGAAAAAAUCCAUGUACCUAUACCAUCCAAUUCCAAGGGGCCUCGCACAUCUGACACGUCCCAUACAACAACCCAAAAUGCAGAGAACAAGAAAGGGGAGGAAGACAUUAAUGUACGCUCACAGUCAAGUUCUCAAAGCCUCAGGCCCACCACCAAUGGAAACAAACCGACAACUUCAAGUUCAAUUAAUAGCAAGAAGAAACCUUCGACUAUCGGGAAACACAUUACUUCAUCCUUCCGCAAUAGUUUUGGAUUGCAAAACACGCCGAACAUCAACCAAAGCCAAAUAAGUACCGCGAAACCCACCCUACCCAUAUCUAAACCAUUUGAUUUCAAUUUCAAGCCUUCUACUCAGGUUGGACAAGUCUCUUCUAUAUUCCCUGGCACCGAAACAGAUACAACGAAGGUCACCCCCAAAGUACCUAGCGCAUCAACUGGUCAAACUGUUCAAACUGGUACAUCGUUCCGUACCAACAUGUCGGGGGGCCAUCCAACCUCUUUUAGUGAAAAGAACAACGGCAGACGUAAUGAAGGAACUUCUUCCGGCGCUUUUGGCGGGAAGAACGCAUCUAUAAGCCAAAAUCAAGCUUCCCCAUCCUUCGCCGAUAUUUUUGGAUCACAAAAACCUCCUGAUGGGACUCAAAAAGCUGUCACCAUGUUCACCUAUACCUACUCUUCAGACUCCUCACAAACUACCUCUUAUGAUCCUGGAACUUCCAACUUCAAGGCACCGCGAAACGUUGCUACGUCUUCACAAUCGCAAACCGGUAUUGCAGACUUGAAUCCAUCUUCGUCAGGCAUUGCAGCUGUCCAAACCGUUUUUACCAAUCCAUUCGAUACCACACGAUCUCCUGUAACCACUUACGAUGUCAAAAUGGAUGUGGAUAGUGUUCAUAAUGCGAGUAAAGCUCCUCCAGUAGCUCCUAAAGCGUAUUACAGUCAGAUUAAUACAGAGGCAUCAUCAUCGUGGUACAAACCACAGUCUAGGAGUCGUCUACCCACAGAACCCAUAUUACAAGGCCGUUACACCAAACCUGACAAAACUCCGGAAAGUCCUCCAGUGAAACAAGAAUGCACUGAGGAUACCACUGUUCUUCACACUUUCCAUGCUCCCAAUUUGUCAGUCACAUCUACAGAUGGCAAUACACAGACCAGGAUUCGUCCCUCGCGCUUUCAACCAGCUGAAAGCUCCACCAAUGAGAAAGAUGCGCAACAGGAUAAGAACAAGGGCUCCAAUCUUGUUAAAGAAUUCCUCAGCUCUCUUAAAUCGAAGGAAAGCGAGCGAGCGCGCGCGCAGCAAGCGUCUGAUAAUUCAUCGACAGAGCAAACGCUUCUUAAAGUUGAGGCGCCAGAGCCACAAAUCCCUUCGUCGUCGUCAUCCCAACUCGUGCACCAAACUCAACCCCCUUCACCGGUAGCUCUGGACCAAUAUGAGAGAGGGUCCAUGCAACAGCAACAGCAACAAUGGGGUUGGUACGACAGCUCCGAAGUGCCACCCUUCCGUGGGCCGGCGCCGCAAGUUGACACAACGACGGGUUUUGUACUUCCUACUCCGCCUCCCUCUGCCAUUGAUCCUGUAUCUACUGCUCUUGCAGCGUUCAAUACUUUGAAGUGGGCCUCUUGGUAUCAUAACCCCGAACAGCAGCAGCAGCACCAACAGCCACCAGUAGAACCAUUUAUUACCUCUGAUUUCCCAAUUCCCUCGGAAUCCACUGGGCCUCUCGCGCCUUCCUUGUCUUCCUCGUCCUCCCUAUUUCAAUCCGCCUCCUCAUUGUCAUCGUCAUCAACAACCUCACCCAAGACGCACAAGAGAAAGAGGCCUUCAACGCACACCAAAGAUGAGCUACUGGCUAUUCAGACCCUCUUAAGAGAGUCAUCCGACAUCAAACGUGAGAUUGCCGCGAAGAUGGCGCGCGAAGCGGUGGUCAUCGCUGAACUCAAGUCACUCAACUCAAGUGUUGUACCUCGGCCUAUCAUGCUCGGCCAUCAGACAGAAGAAGCAGAAAUGGAGGCAGAAAUUUUUAGACUUCGCAAUGAACUCAAGCGGGAGAAACGACUACGGGAAGAAGCAGAGAACGCCAUAAAGGACAUUCGUCGAGAAUGCAAGGAACCAUUUGUCGUCCCUAGCUUGCUAGAUGCGUUUGUACAGGUGUCCAAGUUGACUACUCGCGGCCUUCGGCCGCCAGACGCACCCCAAAUCGACGCUAAGGCCAAAUAG